ACAUAUAAUUAUUCCUACUGGUGGCGUGGAAUUUUGUUUUAGGAAACUGGGUAGGUCGCCUCUUUCCCCGGCUUUCCUCAUGAAGACAGAAGAGGAAAGAAAGGGAGGGGAUUCGAAGGGUCUAUUUCUUCUAUUUUUUUCCUUUCCCUGUGCUCAUUCUUCAUUUCUUUGCCAUUUCCGGUGAAGCCUCCUCUAUCCCUUUUCCAUUGCUGAGGGAACAACGGUGGAAUAAUUAGCUGGAGAUCAGCAUGGUUCGGGGGAAGACGGAGGUGAGACGGAUCGAGAACGCGACCAGCCGGCAGGUGACGUUCUCCAAGCGCCGGAAUGGUCUCCUGAAGAAGGCCUUCGAGCUCUCCGUCCUCUGCGACGCCGAGGUGGCUCUUAUCGUCUUCUCCCCCAAGGGAAAGCUCUACGAGUUCUCCAGCUCCAGCAGCAUUCAAAAGACAGUUGAUCGUUAUUUAAUGCACACAAAAGAUGUCAACAUCAACAUCAGAGCAACGGAACAAAAUAUGCAGCAAUGGAGGGCUGAAGCUGAAGCCAUGACAAAGAAGAUUGAACAUCUUGAAGCCUAUAAAAGGAAGCUAUUGGGUGAGGGUUUAGGAUCAUGUUCAUUAGAGGAACUCCAUGGAGUAGAGAUGCAGCUGGAGCAAAGCCUAAUCAAAAUCAAGGAAAGAAAGUAUCACAUGCUGAUGGAGCAAAUUGCACGGCUAAAAGAAAAGGAGAGGAUUCUUUUAGAAGAGAACUUAUCAUUACGUGGAAAGGAGAGGAUUCUUUUUAAAGAGAACUCAUCAUUACAUGGAAAGUGCAAGACAGAACCUCCAGUACAACUGAUAACUCAGGCAUCUUCAAAUGGUGAUGCUUGUCAAAAUAUGGAGGUAGAGACUGAGCUGAUUAUUGGAAGGCCAGGAACCUGUGAGGCUAAACAACAGGAUCAUGUUAGCCUCAACAAGCAGUGGUCGCAGGUUUAGAUCUUGCUCUCGAUUAUACACACCUCCGAACAAUAAGUUCAUGACACGCCGAUUGUUUAACUUUUCUUAAAAUCCUAAAUCCUUACAAAGAUCUGGGCAAUGGGACAUCAAAAGGUCAAAAUAACAGAGUGAAUUAUUUUCGGUAUUAGAUGUCAACAUGCAAAUUUGUCAGCUGAGGCAAGAAUUCAGAAUAUAUGCAUAUCAUCAUCUGUGUGAUUUGGUGUGAGUAAAGAGAUGAUAAUUUCAAAUUUCUUGACCGUUCCAAAAUUUGGACUUGUCAGAAUUUUUUAUGUAUUUGUCAUAUAAUUUUAUGUAUUUGUAACGUAUAUAGUGGUUUACAGUUUGAACCGCUAUAUACUGGAAACAUAGAAAGUAUGCAAGUGCUCUGUGAACAUUUCUUGCAAGAUGCAAUAAAAAAAAAAAAAGCUAUAAAGAAGAUUCUCAUAAAA